CCGCCGUGGCACGCGCGCGCGUUUUGCCCUCGAGCACGAUGCGCGACUUUGUUACGCUCAACGUAUUGCAUCUCUGCAAAACAAUUUGUCACGCUAUCCUCCGAAACACACCUUAAUCCAAAGUUAAUGUCACGAAGUGAUGUCAGUCCGCUCCAGGAUUGACGCGCAAAAACAUGCCGCAUUAGUGCUCGUGUCGUCGCGAAAUCCACACCGCACUAUACUACCCAAACCAAAGAAAACCACCAAAGAAGAUAACAGAAAUAUUACGACUUGGAAGAAAUUUUGUUGAAAAACUAUGCGUUUUGAUGUGCAUCUGAUUAGUUUUCUUCUUGUAGUUGUUGCGAAACAUGUUGUUUGCAUUUCGGACGCCAGGAUUGUGCAGGGUACUAAUGAAAAUUUAGGAGAAGCUCUGCAAUUUCUUCGAGAAUAUGAAUCGGACGCGUCGAAUAUGUGCUUCCGGGUGAGUACGGCCCAAUGGAAGUACUCGACUAAUAUGACGGACUUUAACAAGCGCCGGAUGAUUGACGAGCAGAUGUUAAAAGCAAAGUUUGAUAAGUUAUCGUGGAAGCGCGCUGUUACCUUCGACUGGACUAAAUUACCCGAUCCAAUGGCGCGGAGACAGCUUAAAUUACUCGUGACCAAUGGCAAAGCAAGUUUACCAGAUGACAAAUAUAAUGAGAUACAUCACUUGAUAUCCGAAAUGAAAGAUAUGUACAACAGCGUACGAAUUUGUGCAUUCAACAAUAUGGAAAAUCGAUUCUGUGAUUUAGUCUUAGAUCCAGAUGUGUUUCAAUUAAUGGCACACUCGAGAAAUCCUGAAGAACUUACACACAUCUGGAGAGAAUGGCACGAUAAAACUGGUCCAUCAAUGAAGAACAAAUUCAUGCGUUAUAUACAACUAGCAAAUCAGGCAGCACGAUUAAACGGAUUUGUGGAUGCUGGUGAACAAAUGCGUUACCAAUACGAAGACGACAACUUUGAAUAUGAACUGGCAGACUCAUGGCAAAAGAUUCAACCCCUGUACAAAGAACUUUUUACUUAUGCAAGGCGCAAACUAAUAGAAAAAUAUGGCGUUGAGCAUAUUCGUCCCGGUGGACCAAUACCAAUCCAUUUAUUGGGGAAUAUCUGGGGACAAGACUGGGCACAAAUUACAGAACUUCUUAUGCCGUACCCAGCAGUACAAAAACUUGAAGUUACCGAUGAAAUGUUACGACAGGGAUUCACGCCGUUGCGAAUGUUUCAAAUGGCCGAAGAAUUUUUCACUUCAAUGGGUAUGAAACCUCUACCACCUGAAUUUUGGAGACAUUCGUUGUUUGAUAAACCGACUGAUAGGAAAGUACAAUGUACAGCUAGUGCUUGGGAUUUUUGCAAUAAAAUUGACUACAGAAUUAAGCAAUGUACUGAAGUAAACAUGGAGAAUUUCGUAAAUGCUCACCAUGAGAUGGCUCACGUGCAAUAUUAUAUGCAGUAUAAUGAUCAACCAUUCCUAUACAGAGAUGGCGCUAAUCCAGGUUUCCAUGAAGCAAUAUCAAAUGCAAUUGAUUUAUCAGUGUACAACCCAAGCCACUUUUUAAAAAUUGGCCUCCAUCAAAACAACUCAAAUACUUAUGAGUUAAACAUGAACUUCUUGAUGAUGAUGGCAUUAAAAAAAGUCGCGUACGCUCCAUAUGCUUUACUCGUUGAUCAGUGGCGUUUCCAUGUGUAUCGCGACGGUAUUCAAACGAUGAAUUCUGCAUGGUGGGAGCUACGCUUGCGGUACCAAGGCGUCGUACCACCAUUACCACGCACCGAGAAGCAACUAGACGCCGCCUCCAAAAAGCAUAUAAUUUCCGACGUACCCUAUACCAAGUACUACGUCGGCUUACUGUUGGAGUUUCAAUUUCAAGAAGCGCUGUGUACUGCUGCGGGACAUUCGGGGCAAUUACACACGUGCGACAUUUAUCGCUCGCGUGAAGCAGGACGUUUACUUGGCGAAGCAUUGAAGUUGGGUCGGGCGCGUAACUGGCGUGAUGUCAUCCGGAUUAUAACCAAAGGUAAAGAAGAUCGCCUAAGUGCCGAUCCACUCCUCGACUACUUCCAACCACUACUAGUCUGGUUAAAAAUGCAAAAUCGCGACGAGAGCGUUAUAGGUUGGACCACGAACUCGGAAGACAUGUCGCUCUUCCAACCGCUGAUUUACAAAUCAACAUGUGAUAAUAUCUUUUCAUCACGUACCACACUACUGAUGUUGUGCAUCAGUUUAGUUAUACAAAUGUUUUGA